CGUGUCAAUUAUGCCUGUACUGCGAACAUAAGUACCGAGGGGAGGUUUAACACCCGUGACAGAUUACAAAUUCAUUGAUGAGGCCGAGGCAUCUCGAUCCCCCCUCUCCUUCGUGAUUAUCUCUCCCCUCACAAUUUCUGCUUUCAGUUUUCUGCCCCGUCCCGUGAGACACCCCGCAGCCCCUGAAUUCUCAAUCGCUUCCCCUUCUCACCACAACAUUCUUCCAACACUUCACUCACAGCUUCCACUGUUUCGUAACACCGUCCCGGCCGUUAAUUCUGUUCAUCAUGGUCGACAAGCUCACCCCAACUGAUUCGCGGGUGCAACACCACACCUUGACCAUCCCCAACUCAAACAAGACCUAUCACUACCUCCUGGCCGAGCCCCCCUCGGGCACCACCCCAAGCGGUACAGCCCUCCUGAUCCAUGGCUUUCCCGACCUCGCCUUCGCCUGGCGUUACCAAAUCCCCCACCUAGCCACGACGCACAACCUGCGCGUCAUCGCGCCGGACAUGGCCGGGUACGGGCAAACUGAUGUCGACCCUGACAACCUGUCGCUGUACUCGUACAAGAGCGUGAUCGACGACCUGGUGGCCAUCGUCAACCACGUCACGGGAGACGCAAACGGCCAGAUUGUACUAGGCGGCCACGACUGGGGCGGCGCCGUGGCGUGGCGCUUCGCGCUGUGGUACCCGGAGCGCCUGUUGGGCGUCUUCAGCGUGUGCACCCCAUACUGGCCGCCCAACCCGGGCCCCUUUGUGAGCAAGGCCGACUUGGUGAAGCGGCUGCCCAACUUUGGGUACCAGGUGCAGUUUGAGGGCAGGGACAUCGAGAGGGUCGUGGUGGGCCCUGCAAGGACUAGGGCGUUUCUGAGCGUUGCCUAUGGCGCGAAGGGUAAGGACGGUAGUGAGAAGGGUGGGAAGGCCCUGUUUAACACCUCACACGGAGUCGACCUGGAUGCCGUCGAGCAGGACCAGGUUGGGGAGAGCCCAUUGCUGAGCAAGGAGGAGAUGGAUUACUAUGUGCAGGAGUUUACGAGGCAAGGGAUGAAGGGCCCGACGAACUGGUACCGUACGCUUAAAGUCAAUUAUGACGAGGAAAAGGACUUGGUCAAGGCGGGCAAGUCGAAGAUCACCGUCCCUUCGUUGAUGGUCACUGCGUCUAGGGACGCGGCACUGCCGCCGGCCAUGGCGGAGGGGAUGGGUCAGUAUUUUGACCACUUGGUCAAGAAGGAGGUUAACGCUACUCACUGGGCGCUCUGGGAAGCCGCCGCAGAGGUGAACGCUCAUAUCUCGGAGUUUGUGGGGACCAUUAUGGAAGGUCGGCCUCUCAAGGCCUCGAUUUGAGAAUAAAUAAAAAACGGAUUCUAUGGUGUAUGUAGGCAUCUCUCAGUGCUCUCACGUGGAAUUAGCUGGGCUUCGAACCACAACUCUCCCAUCCCACCAAUGUAUUGUACAUUCAAUAUCGGAGUGCCGGAAGCGGCCUCCAGC